AUGCGGAGGACAGUGCGGAAACCAAAUCGUGGUGUGCGCCGAGCAAGGCAGCGUUACGUCGGCGAUACCGAUGUGCAGCUUGAGAAGAUUGAUGUCUACUACAACGAGGCGAGUUGUGGUAGGUACGUUCCUCGCGCUGUUCUCAUGGAUUUGGAGCCUGGGACCAUGGACAUCGUUAGAUCUGGCCUGUACGGUCAGAUCUUCCGGCCUGACAACUUCGUCUUCGGUCAGUCCGGCGCCGGAAAUAACUGGGCAAAAGGUCACUACACGGAGGGUGCUGAGCUCAUCGACUCCGUCCUUGAUGUCGUCCGCAAAGAGGCCGAGAACUGUGACUGCCUUCAAGGUUUUCAGGUGUGCCAUUCCUUAGGAGGAGGAACCGGUUCUGGAAUGGGAACUAUGUUGAUCUCGAAGAUCAGGGAGGGGUACCCAGACCGCAUGAUGCUGACCUUCUCUGUGAUUCCAUCUCCCAAGGUCUCUGACACCGUCAUUGAGCCGUACAACGCAACACUCUCUGUGCAUCAGCUCGUUGAAAACGCUGAUGAGUGCAUGGUCUUGGACAAUGAAGCUCUCUACGAUAUCUGCUUCCGUACCCUCAAGCUUAGCACCCCAAAUGGCUUCCACGUUCAUCGGGAACUCAACGUCGAUUCAGGAGAUGUUCAGGAGGGUUUGCGAGCAGUUCACUGCCAUGUUCAGGAGGAAAGCAUGGACGAGAUGGAGUUCACCGAAGCUGAGAGCAACAUGAACGAUCUCGUCUCUGAGUAUCAGCAGUAUCAGGAUGCCACGGCUGAUGAAGAAGGAGAGUAUGAAGACGAAGAAGCUAAGUACGAGCAAGAAGAAGCUUACUGA